AUGCGAAAGGACGUUUUCGAUCAAUUCGUUUUAGUACAAAGCAAGAUUGACGAGACGGUACCAGCCAUCUAUAAACGCUACAUUGAUAGGAAAGUUCGUAACGGUCGACGAAAUGGGUUACAUUUGGAUGAAGAGGGGCGAAAGAAAAUGGAAGCUUUGUCUAAGGAAGAAAACCAGCUUUCUAUUGACUUCGAUCAUUCUCUAAACGAGGAGUGUACCAUGUUAGAGUUUACCGACGAGGAACUUGGUGAGUGA